GAGCGGCCGCUGGUGGCCUCGCCGCUGGGCCGCCCCCUGGGGCGCCCGUGCUCGGGGGCGCCGUGCCGCCCGCUGCAGCCGGCCGUGGGCGCGGGCGCGGGGGGCGCGGCCUGCACCAGGCCGUCAUCGCGGCGGCGCAGGCUGGAGGAGGCGACGCGCGCGAGGCCGCCGGAGGGCUGGCGCAGCUGGCGCGCGGCCUCAACGUGCGCCUCACGGACGCUGGGAUCCAGGCGGCGCUGGCCGGGCUGCAGCACGGCGCGGCAGGGCCUGCUGGCGGGGCGCCGGCGCGCCACCCUGGCGUCGGAGGCGCGACCGCUGGCGGCAUCGGCGCGGACCUGAUGGCCGGGCUCGCCGCGGCUGGAGCGCCGCCUGGAGGGCCGCCGCCAGGGCUUGGCGCGGCCGUGGUGCCGCCCGCGGCAGGCGUGGCGGCGCGGGCGCCGGUCCUCGCUGCGGGCCUCCCUGGGCUGGCACCCCCUGGCGACUCGGCCUGGCUGGGCAAGGGCCUGCAGCCGGCGGCGCUCUCGCAGGUCGGCGUGCAACCGGGCGCGAUCGUCGAGGUGCCGACCUUCGACGUCGAAGGGAAUUGCGACGGCUCGGCCCUCCUGAAGCUGGGGUUGCAGUGGGCCGCGGACGCGCUCGGCACCUUCGGCCUCGCCGAGUUCGCGGGUGCGUCGUCGCCCGUCGCUACGGGCGUGCUGGGCGACUUGUGGGCGCAGCCGCCCCUCGUCCACCUGUGCUCCGGGGCGCGGGAGGCCUGCAGCGCCCGCGCUGGUGCUCGCCUCGUGUACCACGUGGACACGCUGCGCGUGCGCGCGUCGUCGGGGAUCUGCGAGCCGUGGGUGCGCCGCCAGGUCAUCUUCGGGCCGCCGAGCGCUGCUGCCGCUGGAGGCGGGGCUGCCGCAGGCGGCGGAGGUGACGAGCGCAAGCUCACGGCCAAGAUCGAGGAGCUGAAGAAUGCGCUGAAGAGGAAGGCUGGCUCGCGCCUGGACUUGUUUGCAGUGGCGACGAAGAGGCAGCGCAGGGCCGAUCCGCUGCUCGAUGACGACGACGGCGACGGCGAGCCGCUUUUUCGCGAUGCCCCCUCCGGCUCCGGCAACAACAGGAUCCACGAGAUCGCUCGGGAGCAACCCGGAGCCCUGUUGGAUGCCGGCCUUGCGGAGAUGGCCCGUUUCCUUGGCGAGCGGGAGGGGGCGGAUCACACGUCGGGGGCGAACACGGCGCGGGUCAUGACCUAUCUCACGAGCAUCUUCUUCGGCCAGCAUCCCCAGUCCACGAUCAGCGUGCACGCCGUGAAGGAGAUGAGGACGGUCGCAGCGGCGCUCGACGCCCUUCUCCAGGGGCGCCUCCCCGAGCUCGGGGACCUCCUGAUGCAGAGGCUGAAGGCGUUGGAGACGAGCGUGCGCGACAAGGACUGGGGCGUGGCGAGCCAGCUGGAGCUCACCGAGGAGACGCCUGGGCUGGCGAGCGUGACCGAGCGCCAGGCGGCGGCGCGCCACGCGCUCAUGAGGGCGAAGCUCGCGGACCUGCGGCGGUCGCCCUCGCCAAGGCGCGGCCCGAGCCCCAGCAACGGGGCGCGGCCGGCGCCGCCGGCGACGGGCCCGCGGGUGGCGUUCGCACCGGAGGUCGAGGCCGUGGAGAGCGCCGCGGCAGAUCCUCCUGCCCUGCUGGCGAACGGCGCCACGAGGAAGGCGCAGCUGAAGGGGGGCGACACGGACACGGAGGGUCCUCCAGCCGCGGCCCCGCUCGGGCAGGGCGCAGGCGAGGGUGCAGCGGCAGCUGACCUGCGGCCCGCGCGCGCUGUCGCGGCAGCCGCCAGGAGCGUGCAGGAGUGCGACGCCACGGACGUGCCGCAGGAGCUCGUCGCAUUCGGAGCGAGUGACAAGCCGCAGCUAGUCGCGACCAAGCAGCGGGUAUACCUGAUGAUCAUCGCGCUGAACCACCUGUACGCCAACUGCGCGGCGUCGGAGGAGCGGUGUGUGCUGGCAGGCCCGGCCAGCCCCACUCAGAUGAGGGCCGUGAGGAGGCUGGCGCGGGCAGCGAUCCUCUUCCUGAAGAGUUGCCCCACGCCGCUCUCGCCGACGGACUGGGCAGCUGAGCUGGCAAAGAAGCGCGUGGCCUACGACGGCGAGGAGAUCGGCACGGCCGAGACGCUGUCCGUGGAGCAGGUGGUGCCGGCGCUCCCGCCCAAGGGCAUCGCGGCCUCGGUGGACGCGGUGAAUCUCUGCGAGGGGAACGUCCGCGAGGCGCUGCUCGAUGCGGAUGCGAUGCUGUUGCCGAAGGGCGUGCGACCGGCCCAGGUCCCGCGCGCCAAGAUCUGGGCGCCGCUGCAGACCUGGUACGACCUCGUGGCCGUCCUGUGGGACCGUGGCCUCGUGGAGCCGAUCGCGCUGAAGGAUGUGCUGCACGUGGACGGGCGGGCCGUGCUGUGCGGGGCGUUCGGCGUGCGCAAGGGGACCGAGCGCAUCAUCCCGCUCAAGGACGGCACCAUGGGGCACGUCCUCAGGCUCAUCAUGAACCUCGUCCCGUCGAACGUCGUGCAGCGUGUGGUCGGCGGCGACAUGGACCAGUUGCCGCUCUCGUCGCAAUGGUCUACGAUCGUUUUGCUCGCCCACGAGAUGAUGCUCUGGACCUCCACGGAUCGUCAGUGUUUCUUCUACGUGUUCAGGUUGCCGCCCUGCUGGAGGAAGUUCAUGGCCUUCGAGGUCCCAGUCCCAGGGCGGCUCGUCGGGCGCCCGAGCGAGCCUCGCGUGUACGUUGCCAGCACCACGGUGGCGAUGGGCUGGAUCUCUGCGACGGGCAUCGCUCAGCACAUCCACCGCAACAUCUUGCGGCAGGGGUGGCAGCUGUCCGCCAGCCUGCCGAGGGAGGCCGAGUGGCGACGUGAUCGCCCGGCGCCUCUCACGGCCCUGGCUCAGGAGGUCGAGGCUUGGGAAGUCUACAUCGGUAACUUGGAGGCGCAGGAGGUUGUCACGCGCGAGGACGGCGAGGUGCUCAAGGGUACCGUGAGCCCGCUCCUGCUGGCUGCUCGUGAGGCGUAUGCGCGGUGCGGCACGCCGGGCGUACCUGCCAAGGACGUGCUCAGGGCCAGCGAGGUGCAGGCGCUGGGCGACCACAUCGACGGCGACCUGGGGAGGAAGGAGGCGCCGCGCGGCUACGUGGUCAGCCUCAUCUCCCUCGCCUUGUGGGUCCUGGGACGCCCCGGUGUGAAUAAGAAGCACUGGCAGAUCGUGCUGGGCCGUUGGGUCAGGGUCUGCUCACACCAGCGCGCGGGCAUGGCGUGCUUCGAGAAGGUCUGGAGGUGGAUGUCCCGCUCGCACCGCUGCUGGGCCGCGCCGUUGGCGGUGAUGGACGAGCUGCUCCUGGCCAUGCAGCUGGCGCCGCUUUAUUUCACCGACUUCCGCCUGCACGUGUCGCCUGUCGUCUCUUGCUCCGACGCCAGCCCGAGCGGGGGCGCUGUGUGCGUGAGCAGGGGGCUCUCCGGUGCUGGCGAAGAGGCGCUGGAGCGUGUCGGCCGCGUCCCGUGGCAAGCCAGCGAGGAGGAGGUUGUCUUGCUGAGCCUCUUCGACGGCAUUGGCGGCGCGCGGGAGAGCUGGGGAGCCCUUGGCUUGGAGACCCUGUGGUUCGUCUCUGCCGAGACCGAUGCGACGGCCUCGCGUGUCACGAGAAAUGCGUGGCCGAACGUUAAGGAGCUGGGCGACGUGAAGGAGAUCUCGAAGGAGGUGCUGCUCACCAUCAAGCAUGGGUGCGCCCGGGGCCGCAAGCUGAUCGUCACCGGCGGCUUCCCCUGCCAGGGCCUCAGCAGGCUCAACGUCUCCAGGAAGGGCCUGCAGGACCCCAGGUCAGGGCUCAUCAGUGACGUCAUCCGCAUUUUAGACCUGGUAGUGGAGGUGUUCGAGUCCUGGCAGUGCGAGUUCCUCUUCGAGAUCGUGUGCCACAUGCGACGGCCUCGCCUCUACUGGUGCUCGUUCGAGCUCUGCGAGGUAAGCGGCGUCGCGCUGGUCGACCAGGGCGCCUGGCUGCAGGUGAAGGUCGACGCGGACCCCGGGCCAACCUCGAGAUGGCUCUCGCCUGGUGCCACGUGGGCGGCGAGUGCUGAUCCUGCGGCACGCCUGCCGACGGCUGUGGGGCGCGACCGACGGUCCGAGCCCCGGCCGCGUCCGGCUGGCAUCAACCAGUGCGACGACGCGGCGCUGGCGAGGUGGGCCGACGACGACUUCAGCCUGCCCCCCUACCAGUACAUCGACAGGCACUGCGUGCUGCACGAGGGCCAGCUGCGCCCGCCGUCGGCCGAGGAGCGCGAAGUCCUCAUGGGGUACCGUAGAGGUCACACGCAGGUGGCUGUCACCUCCAGCGUCCUGAAGAGUGACCCACGCCAGGCCGAGUGCGUGAGGUGCGGGCUCCUCGGCAACGCGUUCCACGUCGAGGUGGUGGCCUGGCUGCUCGGGCACUUGGCCACGCAGUGGGGGUUCCUCGCAGCGCCGCCGUCCGUCGACGAGCUGCGCGAUAGGUCGAGGCCCAGGCAAAGUGUGUCGCUCGUCACCCGCGGAUUCGCCCCCGAGCAGGCGCUGGCGCUGGACGUCAUGAGGUCUACCAGCACCAAGGGCAGUGACGUUCGCGUGUCGACAGGUGAGCUCUUCCAUCCCUCGGGCUGGCCGCGGCAGCCCAUCUCUCCUGGCUGGUGGCGCUGGCGCACGGUGGUGCAGUUUCACUGGCGGGAGAAGGCUCACAUCAACGAAUUGGAAAUGAGGGCCUUUCUCUCAGCGCUCCGGUGGCGGCUGCGCGCGGAGAAGAACCUCGAAUGCAAGUUUCUGCAUCUGCUGGACAGUCAGUUAGACGAGCAGCUCUGUGUGUACUUGGAGCAUCUCUGGCUAGAAGGCGAGGGCAGGAACCUCGCUGGCGACACGCUCAGUGGCAUCCAGUUCAUCCUGAGCCGCAGGCGCGUGUUCCCGGGCGCCUGGGAGUUGUUCCGCGUGUGGGGCCGGAUCGAGAUGCCCAGCCGCGCGCCCCCGCUGAACUCUAUCAUGCUGCUCGCGCUGGGGCACUGGAUGUGGGUUCAGGGCCGCCGCGACGCCGCCAUCGUCACGAUUGCCGCCUUCCACUGCCUCAUGCGCACUGGUGAGAUGUUCAGUAUGGCAUUCGAACACGUGGCCAUCGGUGCAAGGGGCACCGGGGUCAUAGCCCUGCCAUGGUCCAAGAGCGGCGCGCGGCGAGGAGCGCAGGAGAUCAUCACCGUCGACGACCUCGUCGUGGGCAGAGCGCUGGAGGCGCUCAAGAGCUGGCGUGGGCCUGGCGCCCGGCUCCUGGAGGGGACGGGCGUGGCGUAUCGGCGGCUGUUCGAGCAGGGGUGCGCCGCGCUGGGCCUCAGCUCGCUGCAGCUCCUGCCGUACUCGCUGAGGCGAGGAGGAGCUACCCACGACCUGCUGGCUCACGGCGACAUGGCGCGGACGGUGCACCGUGGGCGCUGGAACGACAGCAGGACGGCCCGCAUUUAUAUAAAUGACGGGCUCGCCGUCCUGGCGCAACAGAUGCUGUCCGAUGAACUCGUUCGCGCCCUCAGAGAGCGUGGCACUGCGUUUGCGAGCAUCCUUGCCUCGCUGUAA